UUCUGCAGCAGCAGUUCUGAUUAUUCCCGGUGCUCUUCGCUGAGGCGUUGGCUCCGAGACGGUCCUGACCAAACGCCAACCAUCAUCUUCUGCUGCGUCUUUUUUCUCGGAGCCCCUAGGUCUCUCGCGAAACAGCAGACACACCGCUGCCGACAGAGACACCGGCAGAUGGACGGGCGGGUCCGCCCACAGCAGUAUGCCGUGGGCGGCAGCGGCAGCGACGGUGCGGGUAGAGGCGGCCGGAACCAGCAUCAGUUUCACUCGGGAACUGCCCAGCAGCAAGCAAUCGCAGCAGUAUCAGCGCGUGGAUGGGGUGCCAGAUCUCAGCAACAUCAGCAGCAACAGCGGCAGCCUGGCUGGGGCGCGGCGCGGCACGGCGGGGUGUCCGCGGCGGCAGGAUCGCGAAGCAGCAGCGUCAGCUGCGGCAUCUCGGUGCCGUCCAUAGUCCAGUUCGCGGCUCCGGCGUUUACGGCGCCGCUUAGCGUAUCUGGUAUUGCCGCGACCUCUGCUGCUGCUGCCGCUACAACUGCUGGGAGCGGUGCCGGUUUGCCGAACGGAGCAGGUCGAGCGCCGCUGGGAGGAGGCAGCAGGGGACCUGUUGAGGGCGCCGACGUGAUACAGGUCGUCGAGGAAGACUCUGCUGCAGCAGCCGGUGUUUCGAUGGGCAGCCGUAGGAGCUCUACCCCGCAGGAUGUUAUGCACGCGCAGCAGCAACAGCGCCAGCAACAGCUGCUGCUACAGCAGCAGCAACAACAGCAACAUCAGCAGCAGCAGCGGCAGCAGCUUCCCCAGCAGCGGCAGGAGGGGGCGCUACAGCAGAAGAUCCUCGAGCAGAACCAGUACCAACAAAUUCACCUGCAGCAGCUCCAACAGCAACAGCAGCGACAGCGACAGCCAGACCAGCCCAACCCUGCGAGGCGAUACGUGAGCGGCCGGGCUUAUGCCUCUGUUCUGCAUCGAGCGGAGGAGCCCUCCGGUGUGGCGUUACUGCGCCUGCUGGCGAACGGUCAGCCACACUGGUACGUCGGGCAGGAGGCGCUCCCAACGGGGGAAAGGAAGACGAUGCUAUUUAUCCCGGCGAGCGGGCGGCAGGGGAGGGUAGGCGUGACGUGCGAGACGAUGUCCUUGCAGCUGCUGACGGCGCAGAGCCGCCUGGUGGAGGCCCUGGCGGGGAUGUACAUGAAGAGCACCAUGUUCAGGGCGGACGAGGGGCUCGGAGAGCUCUCGCUCCCGGGGGCUCCGCAGGCUUUUCUGCCGGUGGAGCGGGCCCUCUACGCGGCAGGAAUGAGGGACGGGGAUGUCGUCACCCUGGUGGACGGCCUGCCAGCAACGCAGGACACCCUUGGGGCCUUGGGGGACAAGGCACACUCGAAAUGCCGCAAGCUUUUCACCGCAUGGUCUCCCCCUCCGCCCUUCCCCUCACCCCAGAACGAGCCAUGCGUGGCUAGCGUCCGGUUGACGUUCCUUCGACCAUGCGGCACGAGCGUGCCGCCACGCUCGCCGCAGUCAGUGCUCGAUCUGUGGAGGGAGCAUGUCCGGGUGAUUGUCUUGAACAGCGUUCCCGAGGUAUGGUGUAAUGGUUGGAUCACCAUUCCGCUGGGAAGGAACACCGCAUACAUCUCGUUCCCCAAGUAG